UGGAUAAUGAGAGGUUAACAGCAGAGGAAAUGGAUGAAAGACGACGCCAGAAUGUGGCUUACGAAUAUCUUUGUCAUCUGGAGGAAGCCAAGAGAUGGAUGGAAGCCUGUCUGAAUGAGGAGCUACCUCCCACAACAGAGUUGGAAGAAGGCUUGAGAAAUGGAGUCUAUCUGGCUAAACUUGGGAACUUUUUCUCCCCUAAAGUGGUUUCUGUGAAGAAAAUCUAUGAUAGGGAACAGACUAGAUACAAGGCAACUGGUCUCCAUUUCCGACACACCGAUAAUGUAAUUCAGUGGUUGAAUGCAAUGGCUGAGAUUGGUCUCCCCAAGAUUUUCUACCCAGAGACUACAGAUAUCUAUGAUCGCAAGAACAUGCCUCGCUGUAUCUAUUGUAUUCAUGCGCUCAGCUUGUACCUGUUCAAACUGGGGCUUGCUCCGCAAAUUCAGGAUUUAUAUGGGAAGGUGGACUUCACAGAGGAAGAAAUCAGUAACAUGAGGCUUGAACUGGAGAAAUACGGUAUCCAGAUGCCUGCCUUCAGCAAAAUUGGUGGAAUUCUAGCGAAUGAACUCUCUGUGGAUGAAGCAGCAUUGCAUGCUGCUGUUAUUGCCAUUAAUGAAGCAAUUGACCAUCAAAUUCCAGCUGACACUCUUACAGCAAUGAAGAACCCUAAUGCCAUGCUAGUAAAUCUGGAUGACCUAUUGGCGUCCACUUACCAAGACACACUCUACAGAGCAAAAAAUGACAAGAUGGAAAAUGCAAAAAAUAGGAUGGCCUCUGAAAAUUCAGAGAGAGAGAGAGAUGUGUAUGAAGAACUUCUGACUCAAGCUGAGAUUCAGGGCAACAUCAAUAAAGUGAAUACAUAUUCAGCUAUAUCAAAGAUCGGUCUAGCUUUGGAACAAGGAAAUGCAUUAGCAUUAUAUGAAGCUUUGGCAACGCCAGCCUUGGGACUCCGAGGAUUACUACGAGAAAACUGUGAUUGGUAUCUCAAGCAAUUUUUGAGUGAUAGACACCAGAAACAGGAGGCUGGCCUGACAGGUCCUCUGCAGAAGGAGGAGUUGCAGUUGGGAGUGGAUGCUGCUAACAGUGCAGCACAACGAUAUCAGCAAAGGCUGGCUGCAGUGGCCAGAAUUAAUUCUGCAAUUCAAAAGGGCGAUGCUGAUAAGACUGUAGCAGAAUUAAUGAAUCAAGAGGCCCAGCUACCAGAGGUUUAUCCAUUUGCUGCAGAACUUUACCAAAGGGAGCUGGCCACCUUGCAGCAACAGAGCUCUGAAGGAAACCUCACCCAUCCAGAACUAUCAGUUGCUGUAGAGAUGCUGUCUUCUGUAGCCCUUAUUAAUAGGGCUUUGGAUUCAGGGGAUGUGAGUACAGUAUGGAAACAGCUGAGCAGCCCAGUCACAGGGCUCACUAACAUAGAGGAUGAGAAUUCCCAGAGAUAUAUUGAUGAUUUGAUGAAGCUGAAAGCUCAGACACGUGUAGAAGGAAAUGAAUUUAUCUCAUGGAAUGAUAUCCAGUCAUGUGUUGAUCGUGUGAACACAGCGGUGCAUGAAGAACAUCAAAGGAUUUUGGCAAUUGGACUUAUCAAUGAAGCUUUGGAUGAGGGGGACGCCAAAAAGACAAUUCAAGCAUUACAGAUUCCGGCUGCGAAACUGGAAGGUGUAACCCCAAAAGUAGCACAGCACUAUCAGGAUACGCUACUUCGAGCCAAGAGAGAGAAAGCGCAGGAUACUCAGGAUGAGACAGCUGUACUUUGGCUAGAUGAAAUUCAGGAUGGGAUUUAUAGGGCUAACAAGGACACAGAGGAGUCUCAGAGGUUUUCCUUAGGAAUCCUGGCCAUUAACGAAGCAGUAGAUCAUGGUGAUAUUAGCCUGACCCUGAGUGCCUUGCGCUCACCGGAUGUUGGGCUAUAUGGAGUCACUCCUGAGUGUGCUGAGACAUACCAUCGAGAACUGGCAGAAAUCAAGAGAAGAAAAAGGGCAACAGGGAACAAUAACAGUGAAUGGGUGAAACACUGGGUGAGAGGAGGCUAUCAUUAUUACCAUAACCUGCAGACCAAAGAGGGCGGGUGGGAUGAACCAGACAGAUUUGUGCAAAAUGACACACAGCUGUCACGGGAGGAGAUACAGAGCACUAUCUCUGGAGUCACUGCUGCAUACAAUCGAGAACAACUGUGGCUGGCCAAUGAGAAUCUGAUUACAAGACUUCAGGCUUGCUGUCGAGGAUAUCUUGUUCGCCAGGAAUUCAACUCAAGAAUGAAUUUUUUGAAGAAACAAGUUCCAGCAAUCACUUGCAUUCAGUCCCAGUGGCGUGGCUACAAGCAGAGGAGGGCAUAUCAAAUUCGUUUGGAUUAUCUGCGAGCGCAUAAGGACCAAGUAGUGAAGAUUCAGUCAAUGACCAGGAUGUAUCAAGCCAGAAGGCGUUACAGAGAUCGUCUGCAGUAUUUCAGAGAUCAUAUAAAUGAUGUUGUAAAAAUUCAAGCAUUUAUCCGAGCAAACAAAGCACGAGAAGACUACAAAACUCUCAUUAAUGCUGAAAAUCCACCCAUGGCCGUGGUACGAAAAUUUGUCCACUUGCUUGAUCAAAGUGACCAAGAUUUUCAGGAGGAGCUUGAGCUAAUGAAGCUGCGGGAGGAAGUUGUAACUUUGAUCCGAUCCAAUCAGCAACUGGAGAAUGACCUCAAUCUGAUGGACAUCAAAAUUGGGCUGCUAGUGAAAAACAAAAUUACAUUGCAGGACGUUGUUUCUCAUAGCAAAAAACUUACCAAGAAGAAUAAGGAACAGCUCUCUGACAUGAUGAUGCUGAAUAAACAAAGAGGAGGUCUGAAAGCUUUGAGUAAAGAGAAGAGAGAAAAGCUGGAAGCAUAUCAGCAUUUGUUUUACUUACUUCAGACUAAUCCAACCUACUUGGCCAAGCUGAUUUUUCAGAUGCCUCAGAACAAAUCCACCAAGUUCAUGGAUUCUGUAAUCUUCACGCUAUAUAACUAUGCAUCCAAUCAGAGAGAGGAAUACCUGUUGUUGCGGCUUUUCCAAACAGCGUUGCAGGAGGAGAUCAAAUCAAAAGUAGACCAGAUACAUGAGAUUGUGACGGGCAAUCCUACUGUUAUUAAAAUGGUGGUAAGUUUCAACCGUGGUGCCCGUGGUCAGAAUGCUCUGAGACAGAUCCUGGCACCAGUUGUGAAGGAAAUCAUUGAUGACAAAUCACUCAAUAUCAAAACUGAUCCUGUGGAUAUAUACAAGUCCUGGGUUAACCAGAUGGAGUCUCAGACUGGUGAGGCCAGCAAACUGCCAUACGAUGUUACACCUGAACAAGCGCUAACUCAUGAAGAGGUGAGGACACGCCUGGAUGCCUCAGUCAGAAACAUGAGGACGGUGACGGACAAGUUCUUGUCUGCUAUUGUUAGUUCAGUGGACAAAAUCCCUUACGGAAUGCGCUUCAUUGCCAAAGUGCUAAAAGACUCCCUGCAUGAGAAAUUCCCUGAUGCUGGUGAGGAUGAGCUUCUGAAGAUUGUUGGCAACUUACUCUAUUAUCGCUACAUGAAUCCAGCCAUUGUUGCACCAGAUGCGUUUGACAUCAUUGAUCUUUCAGCUGGAGGUCAGCUGACUACAGAUCAACGGAGAAACCUUGGUUCCAUUGCGAAGAUGUUACAGCAUGCUGCAUCCAAUAAGAUGUUCAUGGGAGACAAUGCGCAUUUAAGUCUCAUUAAUGAAUAUCUUUCACAGUCAUAUCAAAAAUUCAGACGUUUCUUUCAGGCUGCCUGUGAGGUCCCAGAGUUGCAGGAUAAAUUCAAUAUUGAUGAAUAUUCUGACUUGGUGACUCUCACUAAACCAGUUAUUUAUAUUUCCAUUAGUGAAAUCAUCAAUACACACACUUUGCUCUUAGACCAUCAAGAUGCAAUUGCUCCAGAGCACAAUGAUCCAAUUCAUGAGUUACUGGAUGAUCUGGGAGAGGUUCCUACAAUUGAGUCCUUAAUAGGGGAAGGAUGCAGCAAUGUUAAUGACCCCAACAAGGAAAUGCUAGCAAAGACUGAGGUUUCUCUCACGCUUACUAAUAAAUUUGAUGUUCCUGGUGAUGAGAAUGCAGAGAAGGAUGCAAGGACAAUUCUGCUGAAUACAAAGCGUUUAAUUGUUGAUGUAAUCCGCUUCCAGCCGGGAGAAACACUGACUGAAAUCUUAGAAACUGCAGCUACCUCAGAGCAAGAAGCAGAGCAUCAACGAGCUAUGCAGAAACGGGCCAUUCGGGAUGCUAAAACUCCUGAUAAGAUGAAAAAGUCUGUAUCGGUAAAGGAAGACAGCAAUUUAAAUCUUAAAGAAAAAAAAGAGAAAAUCAAGACAGGCCUGAAGAAGUUGACAGAACUGGGGACUGUGAAUGCAAAAAAUAAAUUCCAGGAACUAAUCAAUGAUAUUGCAAAGGAUAUCCGAAAUCAGCGUAGAUAUCGUCAGAGAAGAAAGGCAGAGCUGGUGAAGCUGCAGCAGACUUACAGUGCUUUGAACUCCAAAGCUACCUUUUAUGGGGAACAAGUGGAUUAUUACAAAAGCUACAUCAAAACCUGCCUGGAUAACCUGGCAAGCAAGGGCAAGGUCUCUAAGAAACCUCGGGAGAUGAAAGGCAAGAAUAGUAAAAAGAUUUCUCUAAAAUACACUGCAGCUCGACUUCAUGAGAAGGGAGUACUAUUAGAGAUUGAAGAUCUGCAAGUUAACCAGUUUAAAAACGUGAUAUUUGAAAUUAAUCCAACAGAGGAAGUAGGAGAUUUUGAGGUAAAAGCAAAAUUCAUGGGGGUACAGAUGGAAACCUUUAUGCUACAUUACCAGGACCUUCUGCAGCUGCAGUAUGAAGGUGUUGCAGUCAUGAAGUUGUUUGACAGAGCAAAAGUAAACGUCAACCUUCUGAUCUUCCUUCUGAAUAAGAAAUUUUACGGGAAAUAACUGUCCUCUGCCAGCAAGUCUGUAAAAGGGAGGAUAAAAGAAAAAUCAGCAUAUCUUUCCAUGUCUCUUCCAGCUAUCAGUCAAGGACACUAUCUUGAAAGGCUUGUAGCUAUGUGUAUCAUUAUAUGCCCAUGCCUUGCUUGAGUAUAUCAAAUGUAUUAUGGAGGAGGACCAAGAACCUCAGUGAAUUGACAGCUCU